UUACGAUGAUUAUUCUAGUUUAUAGAUCCAAUCCCAUUUCGUCUUCUGUCAGAAACUCAAAAUUCAACAGUUUUUACUAACCCUAAUCCCUAAAGUUUUUUUGGAAAAAAAUAGUUCUUAAAACGUCGAUCUGAAAAGCAACGACCGUUAUUACCAUUGGUAGCGGUCCUGAUCGACGAUCAGGGGUCUUAUUGCAAAAAUCUCAAGCUCCCUCAACAUCAGCCGCGCAUUUCGUCGAACACCGUGGCUGCCGCCGUCAUCUCCGGCGCCGGCGAGCUCGGAUCCUUCCUCCAAUGGCUCCAGACGAACUUCUCCUUCAACUCAAAUCCCCUCCGAACCCUAACCCCCCGUCUCCUGCACUCCAUGGGCGAAGGCACCGACCUCCGCUGCCGUACGAUCCGCGUCUGCAGCCGCUAGGGCUUCGGCAUCUUAUCUACCUCCCGGGGCGCAGGCGUCACCGACGAAUGACUGGACUUGAAGAGUGAACAGAAGCAUCCGGCAGCCAAGUUCAAGAGAAGUUCGAUUUCAGUGUUUCAGAAGAUUCCUUGAGAAGCGAUGUAAUCAACAAGAACAAGUCUAAGACUCAGUGUUAGGUUGUGCUUUGUGUACCGAAGUGGGCAAAAGCAGUUGACAAGGUUGUUGUUCCUUAGGGAUCCGGAAUAUGUUCUGGUGCUGUCUUCAGAAAAAUGUGUUCUGGCACUGUCUUUAGAAGAAACUGGCCGGUAUGUAUUUCCCUUCUGUUCUCAGUACACAGCCGUAUCUACUUCAUUUUACUUUCUGUAGUUCUAGUGCUGUAGUGCACUACCACCCUUAGUAUUGACUGCUGAUUUUACUGAGUAAAAAAUGUGGACUACUGAAGCUAACUCAAUCGCAAAAAGAAUAGAAAAUGGCCUGAAAAUGUUUCAUGUCUUCUGAUGAAUUAGUUUAGAAUUCAUAGCCAGACCAUUAACAUACAAUGGAGAACAGUAAACAGUUCAGCCAACUGUCCAGGGUAGAGCCAACAGCCAAGCUUUGUCCCAUCUUUUGAUUGUUUAGACGGUAAGUUUGUCAUUUUGACAUCAUACAACCCUCUUCUAAAGUUCUGAUCACUGUUGAACACAUCCUCUGAUUUGUGUCAGUUCGGCACUUAGGCCCUUGCUCAGUUGGACAUCUCCACUUUUUUUUUUUUGCCGUCAUCAAGGUAAAGGAGAAGUUACAUGUUUCACGACAUUAUACUAUGGACAUCUCCACUUAUCAAACAGUAUGUCAGCAAUGUUGUCCAACAUUUGACAACAUUGAUACAGUAUGCAUAAAGUAUCGGAUAAAAUUUGAAGUCCAAACUUUAUAUAUAAAUCCAGAAAAAAAAUUGUGAAUAAGCAUACGACUUAAGGCUAUGAAAAUGACUUUGACUAACCAAUCAAAUCCCCAACACCCCAUCUUCCUUGCUAAAAGAAGCUGGAAGCUACAUAGCAUAUUUUAGUGAAGAUAUGGUAUUCAUCUUUUUCCUACUAUAUAUAACAUAUGGUCAGCUUUCAUAAUGCACCUAUAAAUCGGCGCGUCACACAGUGAAUAUGGUUGACUUUGUUUAUUCAGGUCGUACCUGAUUAGUCAAAGGCACAUUACCAUUAAGCUGUUCCUGUCAGUCACUGUCACAACUCACACGCCAUGCUUAGUUGCAUACACUGUUCUGUAGCACAAAUUUGAUCUAGUCCGUCCACGGAAGCAUUCGACACUGCCAUCGCCGCUCACCUGACUACUCGGCCACGAUCAGACGCCAUUGCCGGCGGCGACGGCGACAUGGACGCUCCGGCCGACCAACAAGUCGCCGACAGCACGUCCACCUGCUGCGCGAUCCACCUGUGGAGCGAACUCGACGACAUGCUCGACGUGGCGAGGAACGUCCGCCGCCUGGAGGAGACCGUCGGCCAGCUCGCCGCGCAGCGUAGCAGCUUGCACGGCGCUAUCGUGGACGCCCGCGUCGUGGGCGUCGACGACGGCGAAGACGGUGGCGCCGCCGACCGGCUGCGCCGCCUGGGGUGCACCGAGGAGGCGGCGAACUGGCUGGGGCGCGCCCGCGUCGCCGAGAAGCAAGGGAACGCCGUCGCGGCGGACUACGCCGCGCUGUCCAUGCCACGCCUCCGCCUCGUCGCGCGCUACCGCAUCGGCAAGCGCGCGUCGCGCGCGCUCCGGCAGGCGCAGCAGCUCGUGCAGGAGCGUGGCGCGAUCUGCGCCGCGCGGCGCGGGGUCGGCAGCUUCGCCGCCACGACGCACCAGUCGGCGCCGACGCCCGCGGCGGCCGCCGUCGGGACGGAGGAUUACCUCAAGGAGGCGCUCGGCUACAUCGCCGACGACGCCGUUGGAGUCAUCGGCGUCUGCGGCAUGGGAGGGGUGGGGAAGACCACCCUCCUCCGCGCCAUCAACAACAGCUUCCUUCCCACCGCGCGGCAGCCGCCGGCGAGCAGCAAGGUGUUCGACCACGUCGUCUGGGCAGUAGCCUCGAAGGAAUGCAGAAUCGAUCGGCUCCAGGACGACGUCGCGAAGAAACUUGGCUUGCCAUUGGCGAGCCUCCCCGACGAACACUCGGACGCCGACUUGGAGCAACGUGCUCUGCCGAUCGCCGAGCACCUCAAGAACACAGGCUUCUUGAUGCUACUAGACGACCUGUGGGAAUGCUUCGAUCUGAAGCUCAUCGGCGUUCCUUAUCCAGACGGCAGCGCCGGCGACGAGCUGCCGCGGAAGGUCGUGCUGACGACGAGGUCGGAGAUCGUCUGCGGCAACAUGAAGGCCGAUCGGGUUCUCAACGUGGAGUGCCUGAAGCCGGACGACGCGUGGACGCUCUUCGAGAUGAACGCCACGGCCGCGGCCGUCACGUCCCACCCGGCGAUCGCCGGGCUCGCCAGGGAGGUCGCCGGCGAGUGCCGCGGGCUGCCGCUCGCGCUCAUCACCAUCGGCAAGGCUCUGUCUACCAAGACCGACCCGGAGCUGUGGCGACACGCCAUUGACAAGCUGAGGAACGCGCACCUGCACGAGAUCACCGGCAUGGAGGAGGAGAACGCCGGCAUGCUGCGCGUGCUCAAGGUCAGCUACGACUACCUCCCGACCACCACGAUGCAGGAGUGCUUCCUGACGUGCUGCCUCUGGCCUGAGGAUUACUCGAUCGAGAGGGAGAAGCUCGUCGAGUGCUGGCUCGGGCUCGGCCUCAUCGCCGGCUCCAGCAGCAUCGACGACGACGUCGAGACGGGCGCGCGGAUCAUCGCCGCUCUGAAGGACGUCCGCCUUCUGGAGUCCGGCGGCGACGUCGUCGGCGACACGCGGGGCGUCAGGAUGCACGACAUGAUACGCGACAUGGCCAUCUGGAUCGCCUCCGACUGCGGCGCCACGAGGAACAGGUGGCUGGUGCGCGCCGGCGUCGGCAUCAAGACCGCGUCGAAGCUGAACGAGCAGUGGCGCACCUCGCCGGCGGCGGCGGGCGCGUCGACGGAGCGCGUCUCGCUGAUGAGAAACCUCAUCGAGGAGCUCCCGGCGCGGCUCCCCGCCCGCCGCGGCGUCAGGGCGCUGAUGCUGCAGAUGAACACGUCGCUGCGCGCCAUCCCCGGGAGCUUCCUCCGGUGCGUGCCGGCGCUCACGUACCUGGAUCUCUCCGACACCAUCGUCAUGGCGCUGCCCGGCGAGAUCGGCUCGCUCGUCGGCCUCAGAUACCUCAACGUGUCCGGCACCUUCAUCGGCGCUCUGCCGCCUGAGCUGCUGCACCUCACGCAGCUCGAACACCUGCUCCUGAGCGACACGAACAUGCUCGACAGCAUACCAAGGAACGUCAUCCUGGGCCUCCAGAAGCUGAAGAUCCUCGACGUCUUCGCCAGCAGGUACACCCGAUGGAGGCUGAACGCCGACGACGACGAUGCCGCCACCGCAUCCGAGGCGAGCCUCGAUGAGCUUGAAGCGAGGAACGCGUCCAUCAAGUUCCUCGGCAUCAAUGUCAGCAGCGUCGCCGCACUCCGGAAGCUCUCCGGCUUCACCAACGUCUCGACGAGGCGGCUGUGCCUGAAGGACAUGGCCGGGCCGGCGUCGCUCACCCUGCUCCCUUCCACGCUAUCGGACACGCUAGGAGGCCUUGACAUGCUGGAAAGACUGCAGCACCUCGCCAUCCGGAGCUGCACCGGCGUCAAGGACAUUGUCAUCGACGCCGGCAGCGGCAGCGGCAGCGACUCCGACGACGAGCUGCGUCGAUCUUUCCGCCUACCGAAGCUGGACAGGCUCCGUCUCCUGAGCGUCCGUCACCUCGAGACGAUCCGAUUCCGGCACACGACGGCAGCCGCCCAUGUCCUCCCGGCGCUCCGGCGGAUCAACAUCCUCAACUGCUUCCAGCUCAAGAACGCCAACUGGGUGUUGCACCUCCCGGCGCUGGAGCAUCUGGAGCUACACUACUGCCACGACAUGGAGGCGAUCGUCGACGGUGGCGGCGACACCGCGGCGGAGGACCGGAGGACGCCGACGACGUUCCCUUGCCUGAAGACUCUGGCGGUGCACGGGAUGCGGAGCCUUGCGUGCUUGUGCCGGGGCGUCCCGGCGAUCAGCUUCCCGGCCCUGGAGAUCCUCGAGGUCGGCCAAUGUUACGCUCUCCGGCGGCUCGACGGCGUGCGGCCGCUGAAGCUACGGGAGAUCCAGGGCAGCGACGAGUGGUGGCAGCAGCUGGAGUGGGAGGAGGAUGGCAUCAAGGAUGCACUCUUCCCUUACUUCAAGAACCAUUCCUGACAAAAGAAAUAUUGCCAUCCAAAGAACAUGGUAUUGACUGGAGUACAGUAUAUUUACAGAUGAUAUACAAAUUACACAAUGGAUCGCAAUGGAUGUCAAAACUCUAAAAGA